AUGGAUGAAUCACGAGAUCUAAACUUCAAUGCCACAAUAAAACUUCCAUUAAAGGCCACGAAUCCUAAAAUAUUAGGACCAUUCGAGGUUGUUUUGAGGUGCUGUGCUCUGGAUCUGAGUCAUUGCAGCGGUCGAAAAGACGGUUGGACGCAAAGCAUCAUCCGAAUUGUUGUCUGUGCAGCAAUAUGUCUUACUAUGCUACUCGUAUGCAUAAUUCUAGCUAUGGAAGACUCAAAGCCAAUGACGCUAGAAUGGGCUGUCGGCUGUGUUAUGUGCUUUAUGGCUAUGCAUGGCUUUGGUUCAGCACUCUGCAUAGUGUCAUGGACCAGAUCCGGAUUUCUCGGAAGGCUCGAGGAAUCCUUAGCAGGUGUUCGGGCUCAACUGGGCCCAUCAGACGGCAACAGGAAGAUGUUGGGCGUCUAUGGCCGGAUGGCCGUCGGUGCGUUGGUCCUUAUCACUACGUGGUUUUUGUCAGCGAUGAAAGGCAUACUUUAUGAAGGAGUUCAGUCUACCGGAUCAGCGCCAUUCACAAUUGGGUAUCCAGUCAACUUAUCAACAAUGUAUGGCGCAGCUCCACUUAUUUAUCUGGCUUUUGGCAUAUACAGUUCCUUGGCGUUGAUCGUGUACACAUUGAUAUUUACAAAUAUCAAUCGUGAGUGGACCUCCUUCAAUGACGAUCUGGUCGAAUCGGCUCGGCUUCAGCAACUUAGAAUACCUGCAAUUUUCGAGAACUACUUGUCGCGACAGUCAGAACUCAUACGUUUGGUGAAAUUCGUUAAUCAACACAUGACGACGUUCGUCUCAAUGUCUGCCGCACUUGCCGCUCUCACUUCUGCUGUAGGUCUUUACUGGAUGACUGGAGUAGGCGAUGAAGUGUCUAUACUGAUGAGGGUGAUCAGCUGUCUAUGGAUGAACACCGGCAUAGUCCUAAUCUUGACCACCCUACAACAACCAGCUCAAACCCAAUUACAGAUCGACAGAACUGUUCAAGUACUGCUUGCCGACGAUUUCUGCCACCAUUCAGCUGAUGAUCAGAUCUGGAAAAUAACUCAAAAUAUGGUUGAUCGAGCACGGUAUAGCUCAACAAUGAUGUAUUUCUUACAAGCAUUUGCCAUUGAUCAGCAUUUCGGACAUAAGGUUCUUGUUAUAGCGCCCAAUCUGGGAACCCUAUUGGUGUUAAUCAAGAAGAUGGGCCUUAUUUGA